AUCAAGCUGUCUAGGUUUCAGAUCUCUCAAAUCUUUUCAUGUUUGUUCAAUGGCACUAAUCAUCAGUAUCAGAAGUGUAUUUUGCCUUUGCCUUCUUCAACUGGCAGCUACUAACAACACUGCUCUCGAUAUAGUUGGGACAUGUACCAAAACAAAUGAUUUGGAACCUGACAAUUGGUGGAUGCCACCUGAAUCCUAUCCAUCUCCACUGUAUGAUCUGAAAGUUCAACUUACUUAUCUGAAUGGAACUCCAUCUUCUUUUGCUUUAAACAUAUCAUGGUCUAUAAACAUUGACAGUAGUAUUCACAGUAUUGUUGGCACCUGGAUAGAAGUUGACAAUCUGAGAUACAGAUGUGAAUAUCAACCUCCAUUUACUUCAAAACACACCUAUAAUCGUGAUUUAGUGCAGCUCUGGUUUAAUUUCAUUACUCCAGACGUCAAUAUCGAACCCAGUGGCUUUUACCAAGUCAGCGUGUAUAAUCUCCCCCCAGCACCGCCUCCUGAACGACAAAAAUACUUAAAGCACGCUAAGAUACAAGCACCGGGAUGUAAUGAUGAACGGAUGAAGGACCAUUCAACAUGCUUAAAGAAGACGCAGGAACUUCUUACUACAAACAUACCACAAUCACAGAAAGAGCCCUGGGACAUCACUGUAGACAAGAUUAAGGAUGAAAUACACGUGACUUUCAGUUCACACGCAAACUCUGAGAGGUACGAAAUUAGACUGCGCAGAGGAACGCAUAUACUAAACUCUGCUGAGGUGAAGGUGGAACGUCAAACUUCGACAGGAGCGAUUGAGACGCUUACAGCUAAGCUGAAGUAUUCAGGGCCAUGUGAAGACCUGAAAAUAUAUAUAACACCAUUCUUUGAUUAUUGCGAGGUUGUAUGCAAUUCAGUUUCCCGCAAAGUAAACUGUCAGGUCCCAUCUACAGCUGCACCAACAGAAGAAACAAAGGAAUAUGAAACUAUCCUGCUAAUCAGCAUUGGCUGUGCAGUAACCAUUACUUUCAUUUUUAUCUGCCAGUGCUGGAGGCUGCGGAUGAAGUCUAGCUUUCACAGACGUGGACUAGACUCUGCUGGGCCAAUAGGAGUGCUGCUGGUGUAUCCUGCAGUGGACAGUGUGUUUCAGAACGCUGUGAUGGCCAUAGCUAACUUUCUGCAAAGCCACAGCGAGCUGAAUGUAAUCAUUGACAUGUGGCAGAGAGGCAAUCUGGCGGAACAAGGCCCGCUCCGCUGGCUCAUUUCACAAGUCAGUUAUGCUGAGAAAGUGCUCAUCAUCUUGCCGCCCCAACACACGGAGUGCAGCAGUGACGCAGUCUGCUUAAAACCCAGCAUGGCAUCUGUGAUAACCGAUUACACCGUCCCGGCAUCGGCUUGCGAACUUUUCUCACUGGCACUGAACCUGGUUGCCAGUUGUGCUCAUGAUCCUCAGCAGCACCAGAAGUUCUUGGUGUUGCACCUGGUCCAUAGCGCACACAAAAGCCACAAAAGCACAGUGCCAGUGCAGCUCAGAUCCUGCAAAGCUCUUAUUUUGCCUAGAGAUCUGGAGAAACUUCUACCAAUCUCAAACUGCAGGUCUGACCGAUGUAAAGAAACCGCCAGGAAGGUCAGAGACGCUGUGCGGCAGUUAGAACAAAGACAUCCGAUGAAUGGAAUUAAUAUGAUUUAAUUCUCUGGUGUUUAGAUCUUUAGGCUGUUAUAAAUGCUAUCUGGUUUUUCCUUCAAAUGUUUGUAUUGCUUUUCUUUUUUUCUUUUUUAAGAAUUAUUGUUGGAAAUAUAUUCCAACAUUUACCAUACCAGAAAUUGCUGUAUAUGACCAAAUAGGGGGGAAAAAAUAGCAGCAGAGAAAAGAACAUAUAUAAAUUAUAUAUAAUCAUAUUAUAUAACAUCCUGUUCAUCUGUGGGAUUUAUUCCCUUUUUGUACAGUAUUUUUUUACACUUUAUUUUAAAUGUAUUCACUUCUACUUGUAUUUUGUUUCAGCUCGAGCCAAGAGCUGACAGAACUUUUUUUCUAUAGAUAUAGAAGAUAAUAGAGUUUAUGUUUGCCUAAUCUGAUUUCUCAGAGGUUGACAAUUUGCAGAAUUCGAUGACAAGCAA